CUCAACCUGCUCACCGACAACAAACAGCAGGAGGACACAGUUCAUCAGCCGGUGUCAUCACUCACAACAAUGACGUCUCACCUGUGCCUCACACUGGUUAAUUCACCUUCGCCGACUUGUCCGGCGGGCAGCCCGUGAAGAGCGUGCGUAAUGUUUAACGUCGUGCACCAGGGUCGCAAAUACGUCCCCACGCGCUCCUCGGUCACGGGUGACUCUCCGUUAAACGUGCGCGCGGUUCACAUCAACAAAUCCCCGGGUACACUCUACGAGCCACCGGAGGCUACGUGGCCGCCACUGGGAGCCAAGAUGCGGAUCUCCAAGGCCAACAAGGGCGCGGUGGUGGUGAGAGCCGUCCGGCGGCAUCCGUCUCCUCAGCCGACCCGUCUGGAGAGUCUGGAGGCGGCUUGGAGCGAGAGAGGGCACCCGGAGAGUUUACCGAGCCCCGAGAGGAGAGACGGCGAGGGAGACGCUGCUGGGAGCGGGAUGGAGGGUCACGGAGGAGGGCCACAGCGGAGCAGGAGGAAGGGGUUCAGACCCCCCGAUGUGAGGACCAUCUUCUCCCCCGAUGAGAGGGACCCCAGGGUGAAGGAGGAGUCCGGGGAGGGACACACCUUCGAGGCCGGAGCGGAGGACACCUGGUGUGAUGCGUGCUGCCAGUACAUCUUCCAGCAUGGUCUCACCUGUACAGGUUGUAAAUACUCCUGUCACGCCGCCUGUCGGGACAGAGUGUCGCUGGACUGUCACCCUGCAGCGUCACCCGUCAGUCAGGACCAGCUCAACAACAACAACACACAGCUCCAUGAUGUGGAGAAGGAGAGAGAGCUGCGGACGGAGUUCAGCAGGGAGGAAAUCAGGCAGAAGGUCGAGCAGUACAACACAGUGACCAAAGACCACCUGAAAAUGACACUGGGUUCCUCUGGUGUGUACACUGGUUUCAUCAAAGUCCAGAUGGACUUGAGGAGGCCGGUGACGGUGCGGGGGGGUCAGAGAGGAGCAGGAGGAGCCGUGUUGGAGGAGGCAUUUUAUCUGCCCCGAGGAGUCACCAACACACUCCACAUCAGCUCCAAUAACACAGUCCGACAGGUGAUCGUCGCCCUGUUGAACAAGUUCACAGUCGCAGACAACCCGGCCAAGUACGCCCUGUACAAACGCUGCCGCAGAGAGGAGCAGGUGUAUGUGUGUAAGCUGUCGGAUGGCGAGCAGCCGUUGUUUCUUCGUCUGGUGGCGGGACCCGACACCGACACGCUCAGCUUCGUCCUGAGAGAACAACAGACGGGAGAAGUCGUGUGGGACGCCUUCUCCAUCCCCGAGCUGCGUAACUUCCUGCGGAUCCUCGACAAGGAGGAGCAGGAGCAGAGGGAGGCGGUGACCCGCCGCUACGAGGCGUACCGCCAGAGACUGCAGGAGGCGCUGACGGAGGUCCGAGGGCCCUCUUAAAGGACUUAACCUCCAUAAACCAGGACUACUGCCCCCUAGAGGGACGGAGGAGGUGAUUUCUUUUCUCUUUUUUUUUUUUCUUUUUUUUUUACACCUCCUCAGAGGAGAAAUGUGGUGUAAAGUUCGACGGAGAGAGGGAUGUGAACGCAGAACGAGAAGAGAGGAUCCAGCGCCCCGCGGAAGAAGGGAUGACAGACAGAGAGACGGAUGAUUAAAAAGACGAGGAGAGGACAGAGAAAAACUGUGAAGGACAAACGGACAUGAUUUGGACGGACGUCACUGGAGCUGAAGACUUCAAACUGCUGCCUGCUCCGUCUGCAAACACCAAAGAUUCACUCAGUUGUGCCAUAUUCAUUCAUCCUCUCUCCCUCUCUCCAUCCCUCUCCUCCUCUUCUUCUUCUUCUUCUUCUUCUUCUGCUUCUUCUUCUUCUGCUUCUUCUUCUGCUUCUUUUUCUUCUUCUCUCACUGUCCUGCUGUCACGUAAUUUAUGCAGUUCCUCUUUGUUUCCCCCAGUUUUUAUCCUUUGUGAAAGACUCAAGGCCAUAAAUUGAGUCAGAGUUUUAUUUAAUGUGUUUGUACAUAUUUUUUCUUAAUUUAUAUGGGUGAAGCUUUUUAUUGUUUUUUUGUUUUUGUUUUGUUUUGUUUUGUUUUGUUUUUUUUUCUCCUUUUGAAAACAAAGUCUUAGUUUAUUCUACGGUUUGAUUGCUGACACAGACACAGAGAAUAGUUCAUCCAGACUUCUACUCGAGGUAAAUACACAAACAGCACGAGCAUCGGACACCACUGGAUAUAAAGUUUAAAAUCACAAACAGGCCCAGAAUCUGUAUUUAUAUUUACGCGACAGAUUAACAGAGAAAUCAGAGAAUAAUCCACAAGUAAAUGAGUCAAAGUUUUGCUUGAAUUACCCUGAAAGUUGAGGAAUAUUUCUGAAUCAAGAAAAGGAACAAAUACAGAGUAUGGAGUCUCGAGUGUGCCAAGAGAAAUUUAGUUUGUUUGUUUUUUAAUAUAAUGUAAACAUUUGUUUUUAUCUUGUUUUUACUUUAUUUGUGCUUCUUUUAUUAUUAUAGAGGGUUGGUAAAUCAGACGAUAAAGUAGAUGCAUACAACCACAUACUAUAAAUUGAUUAAUUAAAUUUGCCUGUAAAUGGUGAAAAUAAAAAAGGGCUUCAUACUUUUUCUGUUUUUUAAACAACGUUUAAUUAAAUGCAUUUUAAUAUGGAAGAAAAACUUAGUUUUAAAAAGCUUAUGAAAACGUUUUGUUAUCCCACUUGCUAAUGUAGCUGCCUUUUUAUAUUUCAUCUCAUAAAUUAUUUGUAUCCUGCUGUAACAUUUACAAUUUAAAUUUGAAGAGCCGACACAUCAGUUAGUGGGAUAAUGAAAACUAGAAUAAACAACUUAAAAUUAAAAUUAAUUAAGCAGUUCCAUUACAAAUGAAACAAUUAAACAGAUUUAUUAACUGGCAACUUUAAUGUGACUUUUAUUUUCUUGCUUUUAAAUAUACGAUAUAGAAACUAAAUUUAUAAAAAUAACCUUAAAAAUAUAUUUAUUUACAUUUUACUUUUGUUUGUAAUGCAUAAUUUUAUUGCAAACUUAAUUAAUCAGUUAAUAAUUACUUUUUUUUUUUUUAAAUGAAUCUUAUUAAUGGCACACUUCAGAUUCCAUACAGGACGGCCUGAAACUGGAUGUUGUAAAAUGAAGGUAGAGAAGUAAAUUUCAGGUUUAAUGUGACUCCACGUCUGUGGUUCCUGAAAGGAAAGGUUUUAGUGAAGACAGGGUAGAAAUAAUAGAGUGUUAGAUAGAAGCUCGUGAGCAGAGGAAGUCGUUUUAAGUUUUGGUUGCAGCCUGUAAAAAGCGUCGAUUGUCGAGGAGGAUGAUGAUGAUGAUGAUGAUGUUCAUGAACUGGUGGGAUUUAAAGUCGUUGUUUGCAUUUUCACGCCACCAGCGGAGUUUGAUGAAGCGUGAACUGAACGGACUGAUGUGAUUUGGACUGAUGUGACCCCUGACCUCUGACACUGUGCGGUCAGAGGAGGGAGGAGUGACAAUUGACCGGUUUCUGGAAGUCGAGCGAGCGGUUCAGAGGAAGUAGAAAAAACAAACAUUAGACAGAGGAAGGUAGAAGAGAGUCUUGUUUGAGAAGUGUUCGGUGGGAAAGACUGUCAUGUCGAAGCAGUGUGACUGUAACCUCGAGGACAAUGACGGGAUUUUCCUCGAACCACAAGUCGCCGUGAUUAACUGCAUGCUCGUUUUUUUUUUUCUUUUUGCAUUCAUGAAAGCUCCUUUAAUCCACUGCUGAGAGAAAAGGAGGUCUGUGAGGCGCAGAUAGCUGCAGAAGACAGGGGAGGAAAAAUGGCCACAUUGUCCUGUUCGCUUUCAUUUAAAGACGCCUGUGUUUUUAUGCUCCUUUCUCGAGUUAAAAUGUGCAGCCGUGACCUUUUCGUCAACUCGGAUAUCAGCUUUUAUUCCUGGUGGAUGAAAGGGAAAAAUAUUACAGUGGAAAACAAGGAAAGGAAGAUAGAAGGAAUAAACAGUAGAGGGUAAGAUUUAAGAUAAAUAUGCAUCAGAACGUGCAGAAGAAGGUACAAAAUUAUAAAGGUUAUGGCCUUUUUGUGCAGUUCUGUGUCCAUGAAAGAUCUUGUGAUGGUGAUGCAAGUAAAUAGCUGCCUUAAAUAUAUAUGCAAUGUCUUCUUUGGCUUAUAAUUUAUCAUUUAUAGCUUGAAGACCAAAGAGGCUUUUGUAGAAAACUUUUUUUUUUUUUCUUUUAAUCAGCGGUUAUUCUGGUAUCUGAGGAGAAAAGUAAAGUAAAAUCACAAAACUUAAACUACAAAUCAGACUUUAAAUGAUCAUAAUUCAUCAAAACUGAUGUAAAAUGCUUUGUUGUUUUGAGCUGCAGGUACUGAAUGAAGUCACACUGAUGGUGCUGUGGUUGCGUUUCUGUAGAAGACUGUUGUACAAUAUCGCCGUCCAGUGGACAAACGCUGCAACUGUUCUCUCUUUUCUGUGUCAAACGUAUCAAUUAUCUUUAUAGAUUUUAUUUUAACUUUUGAUGUUAUAACCAAAGAUAUUUUUCUUUGUGGUGUUGCCUGGAGCAAAAAAUAUAUAUUAGAGGCUUCUUCCCACUGGAGGGAAAAACAUAUAUAGUUUAGAGAGUUUUAUUUAAAGGGGUUUUAACCCUGGAUUAUUCUACUAUCAAACACUGGGUUAAAUCUAUGGAGGCAAAAAAAAGGCCACAAAGAUUUGAAUCUUUAACGCCACUGAAAUGGUGGCAAUUAAACUGCACAUUUCGGCGUCAGGGAGGAUGUAAUAGAAGAAGUUAUUAAGUUGCAUGAUGGGAAAUGUAGUUUUUUGGAGUUUGUUUUUUGGGGGGUUUUUUGUUGCUUUUUUCAGUCCCUGAAUAUUUAAUGUUGAAAUUUAAAUACCAUCAAAUUUAUAGAAAGUGUAUAAGUAACUAUUUUUAAAACACUAUAUUCAAGUUCAAAUUAAAUUCGUCAUUCUCUGACCUAAAAGUUUUAUAGAUUAUAGAUAUUUAGAUAUUUAUAGAAUAAGUUAUAAAAACUUUAUUUGUGCCGCCAAGACUUUGCAAAACCUGAAAUUAAAAUGUUGGAUAUAAGAUAAAAAUUCAUAUUUUUUUGGCCUAAUUUUGCCUCCAUAUAUUAUAAUUUAAAGUGAUACAACAGUCUGCAUGAAAACAGUUAAUGAAUCUUAAAGCCAUGUUGUUGUUGUUGUUGUUUGUGUAUCUUAUAAACAACUUUAACUGUUUAAACACAUCAGACCAGACGAGUCGUAUCCAUUAAUAGUUUUAUUUUAUUUUUUUAUUUUUUGGGGGCACUUUAACUUUGAAAUCAGGGAAGACGGGUUUUUUUUGUUUUUGUUUUUGUUUUUGUUUUUUUUCUCCUGCAAACCACCAAACCGCCAUUACACUCUGUACUUUAUCUUAACAGUUAAUACUCCAUCUUCUUAAUUUGAAAGAUGUUGUUAAGCUCUACUCAUAAUCAAAUGUUUUUCUAUUGUAACAAAUGGAAGUACAGUGUGACAGAAGUUCAUUUCGUUCUCAUUUUAUUUUUUAUGUCUCAACGAGCUUCCGUAUGAUUUUUGCUCUGUUUUAGCUUUAGACUGUGAAACUGGUUGAUUUGAAUCUCGACUCUCGCAUGUUUGUCUCCUUGUACGUGCUUCCUGUUCACACUACUGGGCUGUUCAACAUUAAGCAUUAAAAGCAUGCGUUACCGUGUAUAGAGCGGCAGGGAGGCGCCAUUUUGAAAGUUUUCAAAUGCUGUCGGAUCUGCUCGUAAUAUAAAUUAGGCUCGUUGAUGAAUUUUAUCUAUUAUGAAGCUUUUGGGCCAGUAGUGUUAAAGUAUGAAGAGUUGAUAUAUGAUACCUGUUGUGUAUUAGGAGAUCUGGGUUUGAGGCUGUUCAACAGAGUCAGAGAGCGUGCGAACGAGCUUGAACGUUCAUUCUUGACCUUUAAAUUACAGUUUGACAAAAGUUUUAAACAUUCAUAUUGGGUUUGUUUUUGUUACACCAUUUAAUAGCAAUUAUUUUUUACAAAAAUGCUAAAAGUGCUGCAGUUUCAGCUCCUUAAAUGUGAGGAUUUGCAGCUUUUCUUUGUCAUUUAUGUCAGUAAACUGAAUAUUGUUGAGUUUGAGGCCGAUUUUCCACUGUUUUCUGACACUUCAUCGGCAAAAUGAUUAAUCAGUCGUUUGCUGCAGCCCUAGUUUUGUCCCCACGAUAAUUUUAAGUAAAAAAAAAAAACACUAAGAA